UAUGAAUGGCCAGGAUAUCUCACAUGUGUUCUAUGGAGGCACGUGGGAUGCCAAUCUCCACAAGCGCCAAUCAGCAGAUCCUAUUGGAAGAGUAUCAGGAGUCAAGGUCGUCGUCGGCACUCGGUGAGACGGUGACUCAUUUAGUGGGCCCCACCAUUUGAUAUCCGAGCGAGAGGAUUGGACGGUUGAAAAACGAGAGCUUCGGUGAUUGUUGACUGGACCGCUGCUACUUAUGACCCACCCCACGAUCAUCUCAUGUAACUAAAAACCAACUUCCAGACUUCUUCUUCACGCCAAGUAAACUGACAGCAUAGACGAGAAGAAGAAGAAGAAGAAGAAUGGUAGCCAGAGGAGAGGAAGCAUCACCAUUUGAGAGUAGUCAGAUGUUAGCGGCUUUCCUGGCGUCGACGCCUCUGCUUUCAGAUUCAUGGCAGCAGUGUAGCAUCGCCAACUCAACGGCGCCUGAACGUUUUGUGAUCGACCGGAUCGGAGAUGUGGCUUACGUGGCUUUCUCCGGAGUUCCAGCGAUUCCAGUUUCAAAUUGGGAUUCAUCGUUCACUCAGAUUCAUGCUGGCGACGGCGACAAUCCGCUCUCGUCGUUGGGACGGCUGGUCCAUGCCGGAUUCUUCCACAUGUUUCUAUCUAUAUACAACAACUCAGCAGAAUUCAGUCAGAUUUUGGCGACGGUGAGCAGCAACAAGGCCGUGGUUUUUACAGGCCACUCCAUUGGAGGAACAAUCGCUUCGCUCGCCACUCUUUAUCUCCUCUCAUCAUUCCCAUCCCUUUCUUCCACUGUCUCUCUUCUCUGCAUCACCUUCGGAUCUCCGUUGCUUGGGAAUGAAGCUCUUUCAAGAGCGAUCCUCAAAGAGAGAUGGGGAGGCAGGUUUUGCCACGUCGUUUCCAAACACGACAUCGUGCCGAGGCUCCUCUUCGCUCCACUUGAUUCUGUCUCCAUGCAACUAAACCAGCUGCUAGAGUUCUGGCACUCUUUGAUGAGGUUUCCUCAAAGGUCUGGGAAACCCAUUACCCAAUUAUCCUACGAGGAUGUAGAUGAAUUCCGUCUGUUUGUUUCAGAUCAUCUUGCAGCGGCAGAGGCUGCGGCUGAAAUAGAACAAGAAGAAGGCUCUUCUUGUCGGAGCCUAUAUACACCAUUUGGAAGCUACCUCUUCUGCUCCGAGGAAGGAGCAAUUUGCAUCGAUAACUCGACUGCCAUUGUACAAAUGCUCCACUUGUUGUUCAUGACAAGUUCUGUUCGUUCCAGCAUUGAAGAACAUCUCAUGUAUGGGAAUUUCAUCACGAAAAUCUCCCAACAGUUCUUGAAGAGGAGAGGCUUCACCCAAGGACUUUGCAGUUCUGGUUACGACGUAGGAAUGUCAUUGGCAUUGCAGGCCCUAGGAAUGGGUAGCCUGGAUCCAACAGCUCAGAAAGUACAGAAAUGCCUGAUGAAGGCGAGACACAUGGGCCGCAGGCCAAACCUGAACAGCGCUAAUUUAGCAAUCAGUCUUUCUAAGAUAACACCUUAUCGUGCCCAGGUCGAGUGGUACAAGGCCUACCAUGACGACCACAUGGGUUACUAUGAUGCCUUCAAGCUGAGAUCCUCCAAGAGAGACUCCACUGUCAACAUGUGCCGGUUAAACCUCGGGAACUUCUGGGACGAAGUCAUUGGCAUGCUCCAAAAGAAACAGCUCCCCCAUGAUUUCCACAAGCGGGCCAAGUGGGUUAAUGCAGCCCACUUCUACAGACUCCUAGUGGAGCCAUUGGAAAUUGCUGACUACUACAGAAGUGGGCAACACAGGACUCAAGGCCAUUACAUUAUGCACGGGAGGGAGACGAGGUUCAAAUUGUUUGAUAGCUGGUGGCAAGAGAAAGAGAGGACUGUGGGUAAUGAUGGCAAAGGUGGAGGGAGUAGUAACAAGGUGAAGAGGAGCCGGUUUGCUGGGUUGACGCAGGAUCCAUGCUUCUGGGCAAGGUUGGAGGAGGCGAGGGAAUGGGCAGUCGAGGCCAGGAGCGAGCGCGAUGCGGGCAAGUUGGUUAGUUUGUGGGAGAACAUGAACAAAUUCGAGUCCUACGCAAAUGAAUUGGUUGAGAGAAAGGAGGUUUCUAAGGAUGUCUUAGCAAAGGAUUCUAGCUAUGUUCUUUGGAUUGAGGACUGGAGGGAAUUGAAGUCGGAGUUGGAAUUGCGAAUUCUACCUGCCUUGCGCAAAACUAGUGGGCCGUGCAUGCGCAUCUAAUGGGUAAAUGGGUGAAUUCAUUUUAAUUGUAGGUUUCAACAGAUAAUAGUGGUGUGUAGAGGUUUGAGUUUGCAUUGUAAUCAAGAAAAUGUACCUUAGUAAUAGGACACAACUACUACUAAAACCAGCUUUUUAGAAAUGAUGGGUAAAUGGGUGAAAUUCACUUUAGAUGGGUGGGCAUUUUAGAGAUGACAGAGGUUAGAGUUUUACAAUCUAAUGGUUGGUUUCAAUGGGUAAUAGUGGUGUGUAGAGAUUCAAAUUCAUAUUGUAUUUGAGCAAAUGUUGUUUAGUAAUAAAAGAGUACUUAGUUUAUGCUGUCUAA